AUGGAGUUAAAUGAGGUGGUAGCAGGUGUUAGACUUAAGUAUGCAACUGAAAUCCUAGGUUGUAGAGCUUUCAAGGCAAAGCGGCUUGCUAGACAAAUUGUAGAAGGGGACUCUAGCAAAAAAUUUAGCUUGUUGUGGUCAUAUGGUGUUGAUUUGAGGAGGGCUUCUGCAGGAAACACUUUUAAGGUCAACAUUCAUUGUCGAGCUCCAGGUUUGCAACCAAGAUUUAAAAGCUUCUACAUAUGUUUUGAUGGGACAAAAAAGGCUUUGAUAAAAGAAUGUAGGCCAUUUAUUGGCUUAGAUGGAUGUCAUCUGAAGCACAAGUAUGGUGGUAUAUUCCUAAUUGAUGUUGGGUCAGAUCCUAAUGAUCAAUAUUUUCUUAUUGCUUUUGAAGUUGUUGAGAAUGAAGCAAAGGACUCAUGGAGUCAGUUCAUUAAGUUGCUUAUUGAACACAUUGGAGAAAGCAAAUGGUGUUUCAUUUUUUACCAGCAAAAGGGUUUGGUUCUAGUGUUUGAAGAGGAGUACCCAGGAUUUGAACAUAGAUUAUGUCUAAGGCACUUAUAUGCUAACUUCAAGAAGAAGUUUGGAGGAGGAACAUUGUUUAGAGAUCUUAUGCUGGUUGCAUAA